CUUGCCCUCGCAUUUACUCCUCCUCCCUCAUUUUCUCUCUCCUCUGUCCUCAUCUUCGUUCAUGGAGAACCAGAGGAGCCAUGGCCAUGAGCAACCAGCGAGCUCCGUGAGAAGAAGCUUGAAGCGAAAGCUGGAGGAAGAUUUGGAAGAAAAUCGCAAGAUCGUAUCUAUAUCUCUCGAAGAUCACCAAGAUCUCAGUCGUGAGGUUCUUGCUCAGGUGGAGGUUCUAGACUCUACUUUUUCUUCGAUUGAAGCAGAUCGUGCCUCCGCCAAGCGCGCUAUCCAUGUUCUAUCUGAACUAGCGAAGAACGAGGAAAUUGUGAACGUGAUUGUUGAUUGCGGGGCAGUUCCGGUACUGGUGCGGCAUCUUCAGGCGCCGCCGCCGUUGAGAGAAGGAGACACUGGUCCGAAACCAUACGAGCAUGAGAUUGAGAAAGGAAGCGCCUUCACGCUUGGACUUCUCGCCAUCAAACCUGACCAUCAACAAAUCAUAGUUGAUGCCGGAGCUCUACCCCGUCUCGUGGAUCUUCUGAAGAGGCACAGGGAUGGUCAAAACUCUCGAGCAGUUAAUGGUGUUAUAAGGAGGGCGGCUGAUGCAAUCACUAACCUUGCUCAUGAGAAUAGCAGCAUUAAAACUCGUGUUAGGAUUGAAGGUGGUAUACCUCCCCUUGUUGAAUUGCUUGACUUUGUUGAUACAAAGGUGCAGAGAGCAGCUGCAGGGGCCCUGCGAACUCUUGCCUUUAAGAAUGAUGAAAACAAAAACCAGAUUGUAGAAUGCAAUGCUCUACCUACUCUUAUUCUUAUGCUUCGAUCUGAGGAUGCUGCCAUACACUAUGAAGCGGUUGGUGUGAUUGGGAAUUUGGUCCAUUCAUCCCCAAAUAUUAAGAAAGAAGUUCUUGUUUCUGGAGCUUUACAACCUGUCAUUGGAUUACUUAGUUCCUGCUGUUCAGAGAGUCAAAGGGAAGCCGCUCUGCUACUUGGGCAAUUUGCUGCCACAGAUUCAGAUUGCAAGGUGCACAUUGUCCAAAGAGGUGCUGUUCAGCCAUUGAUUGAGAUGCUUCAGUCUCCAGAUGCGCAGCUAAGGGAAAUGGCAGCUUUUGCAUUGGGGAGGUUGGCACAGGACACACACAACCAAGCUGGUAUUGCUCAUAGUGGUGGAGUAAUUCCACUACUGAAGCUUCUUGAUUCAAAAAAUGGAUCCCUGCAGCAUAAUGCUGCAUUUGCUCUUUAUGGUCUUGCAGAUAAUGAGGAUAAUGUUGCAGAUCUUAUUAGGAUUGGAGGUGUUCAGAAACUUCAGGAUGGAGAGUUCAUUGUCCAACCAACUAGAGAUUGUGUAGCCAAGACAUUGAAAAGACUAGAGGAGAAGAUUCAUGGAAGAGUUUUGAGCCAUUUAUUGUACUUGAUGCGAGUUGCAGAGAAGGUUGUUCAAAGACGAGUUGCUUUGGCUCUUGCGCAUCUUUGUUUGCUCGAUGAUCAGAAAACAGUUUUUAUCGAUAGCAAUGGACUAGAGUUGCUUUUGGAGCUUCUGGAGUCAACAAACUUGAAGCACCAACGAGAUGGUUCAGUAGCUUUGUACAAGUUAGCUAACAAAGCGAGCUCGCUUUCCCCUGUUGACGCAGCUCCUCCAUCCCCAGUUCCUCAAAGUCAAAGGGAAGCCGCUCUGCUACUUGGGCAAUUUGCUGCCACAGAUUCAGAUUGCAAGGUGCACAUUGUCCAAAGAGGUGCUGUUCAGCCAUUGAUUGAGAUGCUUCAGUCUCCAGAUGCGCAGCUAAGGGAAAUGGCAGCUUUUGCAUUGGGGAGGUUGGCACAGGACACACACAACCAAGCUGGUAUUGCUCAUAGUGGUGGAGUAAUUCCACUACUGAAGCUUCUUGAUUCAAAAAAUGGAUCCCUGCAGCAUAAUGCUGCAUUUGCUCUUUAUGGUCUUGCAGAUAAUGAGGAUAAUGUUGCAGAUCUUAUUAGGAUUGGAGGUGUUCAGAAACUUCAGGAUGGAGAGUUCAUUGUCCAACCAACUAGAGAUUGUGUAGCCAAGACAUUGAAAAGACUAGAGGAGAAGAUUCAUGGAAGAGUUUUGAGCCAUUUAUUGUACUUGAUGCGAGUUGCAGAGAAGGUUGUUCAAAGACGAGUUGCUUUGGCUCUUGCGCAUCUUUGUUUGCUCGAUGAUCAGAAAACAGUUUUUAUCGAUAGCAAUGGACUAGAGUUGCUUUUGGAGCUUCUGGAGUCAACAAACUUGAAGCACCAACGAGAUGGUUCAGUAGCUUUGUACAAGUUAGCUAACAAAGCGAGCUCGCUUUCCCCUGUUGACGCAGCUCCUCCAUCCCCAGUUCCUCAAGUGUAUUUGGGUGAGCAGUUUGUAAACAAUGCCACAUUAUCUGAUGUUACAUUUUUAAUUGAAGGUAAACGUUUCUAUGCUCACAGAAUCUGUCUGCUUGCUUCUUCUGAUGCAUUUCGGGCUAUGUUUGAUGGUGGUUACAGGACAGGCACACAUAUGAAUGUGUAUCUUACCAAUUUCACUUUGUUCUGUGAAAUAUACUUAGAAAAUGACCUGAAAUUGGUCAUUGUUGUGUUUGAAGUGAGAGCUGAGAAGGAUGCCAAAGAUAUCGAGAUUCCAAAUAUCAAAUGGGAUGUUUUUGAGUUGAUGAUGAGAUACAUAUACACAGGAUCUGUAGCUGUCAAUUUGGAUAUUGCACAAGAUCUUCUGAGAGCUGCUGAUCAGUAUCUUCUGGAGGGACUUAAGAGGCUUUGUGAGUAUACCAUUGCAAAGGUGAGUUUUGAAAUCAGUUGGAUGGUGAAUUAUGCCAUGUAUGAGUAUGACGUGCUAAUCUGA